CAUAACGCAGCCGCGACCGGGGCUCAUCGGCGGCCGCAGCACCAGAGCGGAGCAGCCCCCCGUGCCACCAGGGCCGCCAGCUGCAGGACCCCCGCGGGGCUUGACAUGGCCCCUUCGCCAGCGCGACCGCUCUGCGCCGAAGGUGUCCCCACCUGCAGCACGGAGGAGGAGGAAGAGAGAGCCGAGGCCGAAGAGCUGCAGGGAGCCGCAGAGGGCUGGAGGAAGGAGCCCUUUGGCCAAGCGGAGCCGGUGCUGGCGGGGGCCCUGCUGCCCCCCCCGCUGCCUAGGGACCUGAGGGUCCACCUGGGCAGCCUGUGCCCCCUCCUCCUGCCCCAGCCCUGCCUCCCUCCCUGUGCCACCCACUGCUCCCCGCUUCUGCUGGCCCCGCAGCCCGUGCUGGCUGACACGGGGACCCCGGUGUCACCUUUGCAGGGCUGCAGAGGUGUCCUCCUCCAGCUGCCACCCUGCCUGUGGCCAUGCGGGACCCUCCUGCCCUCUGGCCAGGGCGCUCCUGGGCUGCCAAAGCCAUGGGUGGGAUUUCUCCCUCUCCCCCGAGGGCCCUUCCCCUUCCCGGGCUGUGGGGCAGGGGGGUGCCUGCAGCCGCGGGGGGGGAUGCCCUGCUCUGUCCCGCAGCCGGAGGUGCCCAGCCACAGCGUGGCCAAGCCACCCCCACCCAAGCUGGGGAAGGACGUUGGCAGGAGCAAGUACGAGUGCAGCGUCUGUGCCAAGAGCUUCAGGCAGCUCUCCAACCUCAAGGUCCACCUGCGGGUGCACAGCGGCGAGCGGCCCUUCCAUUGCCCCGUCUGCAAGAAGCGCUUCACACAGCUGGCACAUCUGCAGAAGCAUCGCCUGGUCCACACCGGCGAGAAGCCCCACCAAUGCCCGACGUGCCACAAAAGCUUCAGCAGCAACAGCAACCUGAAGACCCACCUGCGGCUGCACUCGGGCGAGAAGCCCUUCCAGUGCCACCAGUGCCAUGGCCGCUUCUCCCAGCGCAUCCACCUCCAGCUCCACCGGCGCCUGCACCAGCACUGCCGCCCACCUCCUGUCCCCCUGGCCCCCUGUGACCACCUCAGCCAGGCCAGUGGGUGCUCCAGCCUGGAUGCCAGGUGGCCAGGGCAGGAGGAGGAAGAUGAGGAGGCAGGAGGGAGCCGUCCCAGCCGGGCUACGGUGCUGCUGCAGGGCUUCGUGCUGGGGGAGGUGGGGAAGGGGCUGCCCGGGUGGGCAGGGGUGGACAUGGGGACCCGCCAUCGUGUCCCCAGGCAGCAGCCAUGUCCCUCGGUGGAGUCUAUCUGAGCUGGGACAGCCCCCGAGGGCUGCGUGGGUGGGGGCUGGCCCCCCAGCCAAGGACCCUCAGAGCCAAGAGGAGCCACCACCAUCAUCCGCUGCACCCCUCAGCUCCAUAAACGCUGCCCCAGCCUUGGGGACAAGGACAGAGGAGGGUCCCCCCAAAGCAUCCAGCGACCCUCUGUCCCCACAGCUCUCGGGGAGGGCAUCCCCCCGGCCAGCCCCACGUCCCAGGCCAUGCCCGUGCCCCCCCCCCGCCGCAGCAUUACUGCUCCAGGGCUGCACCUGGGGUACGACAAACCCCGCUUUCUAUGGAAAAAGCUUUCGUUUCGCAGCCCCCUCCAAUCUCAGGCACACCCCGGGCUCCCAGCGUGUCACCACCGUGGCGCCGUGGGGACACGUCUCUGCCCGUCACUGCUUUCCCCAGCUUGGUGCCACGAUCAAACCCUCCUGGGGCUCUGUCUGGGGGUGCCAUGCCAGGGUGGAUAUUUCCAUCUCUGAUACCUCUGGGUGCUGCUCCCCGCAUCCUGUCGGCACCCUGAGCAUCUCGCUGACACCCGAAGGACACGAUGGCCCUGGCUGUCCUCGCCUCUGUCAAG